AAAGGCGGGGUGGCCCUUGCGCCCAGAAGCGCCCGCGGCGGAGCGUCUCGGCCAUUUUCCCGGGCCCUGCCUGAGAGGAUGGCGGAGGAAGGCGCCGUGGCGGUCUGCGUGCGAGUCCGGCCGCUCAGCAGCAGAGAAGAAGCACUUGGAGAAACUGCCCAAGUUUACUGGAAAACUGACAGUAAUGCCAUUUAUCAAGUUGAUGGCAGUAAAUCCUUCAAUUUUGAUCGUGUCUUUCAUAGUAAUGAAACUACUAAAAAUGUGUAUGAAGAAAUAGCAGCACCAAUCAUCGACUCUGCCAUCCAAGGCUAUAAUGGGACUAUAUUUGCUUAUGGGCAGACUGCUUCGGGAAAAACGUAUACCAUGAUGGGAUCAGAAGAUUACUUAGGAGUUAUACCCAGGGCAAUUCAUGACAUUUUCCAAAAAAUUAAGAAGUUUCCUGAUAGGGAAUUUCUCUUGCGUGUGUCUUACAUGGAGAUAUACAAUGAAACCAUUACAGAUUUACUCUGUGGCACUCAAAAAAUGAAACCUUUAAUAAUUCGAGAAGAUGUCAAUAGGAAUGUGUAUGUUGCUGAUCUCACAGAAGAAGUGGUUUAUACAUCAGAAAUGGCUUUGAAAUGGAUCACAAAGGGAGAAAAGAACAGACAUUAUGGAAAAACAAAAAUGAAUCAGAGAAGCAGUCGUUCUCAUACAAUUUUUAGGAUGAUUUUGGAAAGCAGAGAGAAGGGUGAGCCUUCUAAUUGUGAAGGAUCUGUGAAGGUGUCCCAUUUGAAUUUGGUUGACCUUGCAGGCAGUGAAAGGGCUGCACAAACAGGAGCUGAAGGUGUGCGACUCAAGGAAGGCUGUAAUAUAAAUCGAAGCUUAUUUAUUUUGGGACAAGUGAUCAAGAAACUUAGUGAUGGACAAAUUGGCGGUUUCAUAAAUUAUCGAGAUAGCAAAUUAACACGAAUUCUCCAGAAUUCCUUGGGAGGAAAUGCAAAAACACGUAUUAUCUGCACAAUUACUCCAGUGUCUUUGGAUGAAACCCUUACAACUCUCCAGUUUGCCAGCACUGCUAAAUAUAUGAAGAACACCCCUUAUGUUAAUGAGGUAUCAAGCGAUGAAGCUCUCCUGAAAAGAUAUAGAAAAGAAAUAAUGGAUCUUAAAAAACAAUUAGAGGAGGUUUCUUCAGAGACUCGUGCCCAGGCAAUGGAAAAAGACCAGUUAGCCCAACUUUUAGAAGAAAAAGAUUUGCUUCAAAAAGUACAGAAUGAGAAAAUUGAAAACUUAACACGAAUGCUGGUAACCUCUUCUUCCCUCACAUCACAACAGGAAUUAAAGGCUAAAAGAAAACGAAGAGUUACUUGGUGCCUUGGCAAAAUUAACAAAAUGAAGGACUCAAGCUAUGCAGGUGGAUUUCGAAUGCCAACAACUAUAACAACAAAAACACAUAAGCCUGCUAUAACUUUAUUAGGAGAAAUUGAUGAAUCUCUCUGUUCAGAGUCUGAUUUUUGUAGUAAUACUCUUGAUACAUUAACUGAAAUAGAGUGGAAUCCAGCGACAAAGCUACUAAACCAGGAAAAUGUAGAAAGUGAGUUGAAUUCACUUCGUGCUAACUAUGAUAAUCUGGUAUUAGACUAUGAACAACUAAGAACAGAAAAAGAAGAAGUGGACUUGAAAUUAAAAGAAAAGAAUGAUUUAGAUGAAUUUGAGGCUCUGGAAAGAAAAACCAAAAAAGAUCUGGAGAUGCAACUAAUUCAUGAAAUUUCCAACUUGAAGAAUUUAGUUAAGCAUGCAGAAGUAUAUAAUCAAGAUCUUGAGAAUGAACUAAGUUCAAAAGUAGACCUACUUAGAGAAAAGGAAGACCAGAUUAAGAAGCUACAGCAAUACAUAGACUCUCAGAAGUUAGAAAAUAUGAAAAUGGACUUGUCCUACUCAUCGGAAAACACUGAAGACCUUAAACAGAUGAAACAGACUCUGUUUGAUGCUAAAACUGUAGCCCUUGAUGCCAACAGAGUAUCAGCGUUUCUUAGAAGUGAAAAUCUGGAGCUCAAAGAGAAAAUGAAAGAACUUGCAAGUACAUGCAAACAAAUGGAAGAUGAUACUCAGUUAUAUCAAAGACAAUUGGAGGCAAAAAAGAAAGUGCAAACUGAUCUGGAGAAAGAAUUACAGUCUGCUUUUAAUGAAAUAAUAAAACUCACCUCUCUUAUAGAUGGAAAAGUUCCAAAAGAUUUGCUCUGUAAUUUGGAACUAGAAAGAAAGAUUACUGAUCUCCAAAAAGAACUGGAAAAAAAAGUUGAAGAAAAUGAGACUUUGCAGAAAGAAGUUAAUUUGCUCUCAGAAUUGAAAUCUUUAGCCCCCGAAGUAGAAAUGCUGAGGAAAGAGCUUUCUCACAAGACCCAAGAACUUCAGCAGAAAACAUAUGAGGAUCAUGAAAAGUUAUGUGAGGUGAAACAGCUAAAGGAGCGAUUAGAAAAUAGAGACUCUAUGCUGCAAACUGUAGAAAAGGAGAAAGCACUGAUGACUGAGAAACUUCAGCAAACCUUAGAAGCAGUAAGAAUUCUAACCCAAGAAAAAGAUAACCUAAAACAACUCCAAGAGAGCCUUCAAAUUGAGAGGGACCAACUAAAAAGUGAUAUUCAAGAUACUGUAAAUAUGAAUAUAGACACUCAAGAACAAUUACGAAGUGCUCUUGAGUCUUUGAAACAACACCAAGAAACAAUUGAGACACUAAAAUUGAAAAUUUCUGAGGAAUCUUCCAGUAAUUUGCACAUAGCGGAAAACAUAGGAGAAACUAAAGAAGAAUUUCAGCAAAAGAUGGAUGGCAUAGAUAAAAAAAAGAAUUUGGAUGCUAAAAACUCCCAAGCACUGAUUGCAGAUGUCAAGGAUGAUGAAGUAAUUGAGCAACAGAGGAAAAUAUUUUCUUUAAUACAGGAAAAAAAUGAACUCCAGCAAAUGUUAGAGUGUAUUACAGUGGAAAAGGAACAAUUAAAGACUGACCUAAAGGAAAAUAUCGAAAUGACCAUUGAAAACCAAAAAGAAUUAAGAAUUCUUGGAGAUGAACUUAAAAAGCAACAAGAGAUAGUUGCUCGAGAAAAGAGCCAUACCAUAAAGAAAGAAGAAGAGCUUUCUAGGACCUGUGAGAGACUGGCAGAAGUUGAAGAAAAGCUAAAGGAAAAGAGCCAGCAACUCCAAGAAAAACAGCAAGAACUUCUUAGUGUACAGGAAGAGUUGAGUGAGAGGCAGAAAAGAGUGAAUGAAAUGGAGAAUUUAAAGAAUGAGUUAAAGAAUCAAGAAUUAACAAUGGAACGUAUGGAAAUGGAGCGACUUGAGUUGGCUCAGAAACUUCAUGAAAAUUAUGAGGAAAUGAAAUCUAUAACCAAAGAAAGAAAUGAUCUGAAGGAAUUACAGGAAUCAUUUGAAACAGAAAGAGACCAACUUAAAGGAUAUAUAAGAGAAAUUGAAGCUACAGGCCUACAAACAAAAGAAGAACUAAAAAUUGCUCGUAUGCAUCUAAAAGAACACCAAGAAACUAUUGAUGUACUAAGAAGAAGCAUUUCUGAGAAGAUAGCUCAAAUAAUAAGUAUUCAGCAGGACUUAGAAAAAUCCAAAACUGGAUUACAAGAAAAGAUCCCAGAGCUUCAUGAGGAACAGGAGCUAUUUCCCAAUGUGAAAGUAGUCAGCAAGUCUCAAGAAACAAUAAAUGAAUUGGAGUUAUUGAAAGAACAAUCUACAACCAAGGACUCAACAACACUGAUCCAAGAGUCUCAAGACAAACAUGAACAGUCCUUCAAUAUGAAAGAAGACAAUGAGACUACUAAAAUAAAAAAUGAGAUGGAGCAAUUAAAGGAGGAAUUCAAAGCCAAAGAUUCAGCACUACUAAGAAUAGAAAUGGAAAAGCUCAAUUUGUCCAAGAGACUUCCAGAAAGUUAUGAUGAAGUAAAUUCUGUAGCUAAGGAGAGGAAUGACCUCCAGAGACUGCAAGAAGUUCUUCAAUCUGAAAGGGACCAACUAAAAGAAAACAUACAAGAAAUUGUUGCUAAACACCCGGAAGUGGAAGAAGAACUUAAAGUUGCUCAUUGUUGCCUAAAAGAACAAGAGGAAACAACUGAUAAGUUGAGAGUGAAUCUUUCAGAGAGAGACACUGAAGUAUCACACAUUCAAAACAAGUUAGAAACAACCAAUGAUGAAUUACAGAAAAAGAUCCCAGAGCUUCAUGAGAAACAGGAACAACUUACAAGUGUAAAAGAAAUUAGCGAGAUUGAGGGGAAAAUGAGCGAACUUGAACAAUUCAAGGAGUAUCUCAAAGCCAAAGACUCAGCAUUACAAAAUUUAGAAGAUGAUAGGCUCAAAUUGGCUGAGAAACUUCAAGAAAGUCAAGAAGAAAUAAAAAGUAUGAUUAAGGAAAGAGAUGAGUUGAAAAGGGUGCAGGAGGCCCUUCAAAUGGAGAGAGACCAACUUAAAGAACACAUUAAAGAAAUUGCAACCAAAAUGCAAGAACUUCAGGAAAAAGAUCAAUUUCUUAAGAUGAAAGCUGUCAGUGAGGCUUGGGAAGAAACUCAUGAAAUGGAACACUUGAAGAAGCAAUUUGAGGCCCAGAAGUUAACUCUGGAAAAUACAAAAAUGGAGAAUGUUAAGUUGACUCAGAGACUCCAUGAAAACCUUGAAGCAAUGAAAUCUGUAACAAAAGAAAGAGAUGACCUUAGAAGUGCAGAGGAGACUCUCAAAGUAGAGGGAGACCAGCUCAAGGAAGACCUAAGAGAAACCAUAAUUCGAAUCCAAGAACUUCAGGAGAAAGAACAUCAACUUCUUAAAGUAAAAAAUGAUCUUAGGAAAGCUAUGUAUCAAACAGAGCAACUGAAGAAGCAAUUAGACACCCAGAAUUCAACUCUGGAAAGUAUUGAAAAGGAGAAAUUAAGGUUGACCCAGAAACUUCAUGAAAACCUUGAGGAAAUAGGAUUUGUUACUAAGGAAAAUGAUAGCCUAAGAAGAGUAGAGGAAACUCUAAAAAUGGAGCGAGACCAUCUUAGGGAAAGCCUUAGAGAAACAGAAGCUAAAGAUCUGAAAAAACAAGAGGAACUAAGAAUUGUUUAUGUGCAUCUGAAAGAGCACCAGGAAACUAUCAAUAAACUCAGAGGAAUUGUUUCUGAGAAGACAGAUGAAAUAUCAAACAUGCAAAUAGAUUUAGAAAAUUCAAAUGCUAAAUUACGAGAAAAGAUUCAAGAACUUAAGGCUAAUGAACAUCAACUUUUUAAGUUAACAGAAGAUGUCAGUAAGACACAGAAAACAAUGUCUGAAAUUGAGCAAUUAAAGAAACAGUUGAAAGACCAAAGUUUAACUCUCGAUGAAAGAGAAAUGGAGAACUUAAAUUUGACUUACAAACUUCGUGAAAACCUUGAAGAAAUGAAAUAUCUAGUGAAAGAAAGAGAUGAUCUAAGGAGAGUAGAGGAGACUCUCAAACUGGAAAGAGACCAACUCAAGGAAAAGCUACAGGAAGCCAUAGCUAGAGAUCUGGAAACACAACAGGAACUAAAAAUUGCUCUUAUGCAUUCAAAAGUACACCAAGAAACUAUUGAUAAAUUCAGAGAAAAAGUUUCAGAAAAGUCAACUCAAGUUACAAAUAUUCAAAAGGAUUUAGAUAAAUCAAAAGAUGAAUUACAGAAAAAGAACCAUCAGAACUCCAAAGAGGUAGUAAAAUAUGAAAAAAGGUUACUAAGUGAUGGACAACAGCACCUUACAGAAAGCCUGAGGGAAAAGUGUUUUAGGAUAAAACACAGUCCUGGCAGAAGUCAGUGUUCAAUAUGCUGCCCUGCCGCAUACCAUAACAUGAUUCAUCCUAGACCAGAAGUAGGAAUCCUCUCUCCAGCAUCACAGAGUAAUGAACAGGAGCUCCUGAAGAGAUACUCAGAGAUGGAUAAUCAUUAUGAGUGCUUAAAUGGAUUGUCUCUUGACUUGGAGACAGAAAUUGAAACCCAAAAAGAGCUUUCAAUUAGAGUAAAAGCAAACCUCUCACUUCCAUAUUCACAAACCAAACAGAUUCAAAAACUUCUUACUGCAAACCAGAGAUGUUCCAUGGAAUUCCAUAGAGUCAUGAAGAAACUUAAGUAUGUGUUAAGCUAUAUUACAAAGAUGAAAGAAGAACAACAUGAAUCCAUCAAUAAAUUUGAAAUGGAUUUUAUUGGUGAAGUGGAAAAGCAAAACGAAUUGCUAAUUAAAAUACAGCACCUUCAACAAGAUUGUGAUGAACCAUCUAAGGAAUUAAGGGACCUCAAGUUGAACCAGAAUAUGGAUCUACAUAUUGAGGAAAUUCUUAAAGAUUUCUCAGAAAGUGAUUUCCCCAGCAUAAAGACUGAAUUUCAACAAGUUUUAAGUAAUAGGAAAGAAAUGACACGGUUUUUGGAAGAGUGGUUGAAUACUCAUUUUGAUGUAGAAAAGCUUAAAAAUGGCAUCCAGAAAGAAAAUGAUAGAAUUUGUCAAGUGAAUAACUUCUUUAAUAACAAAAUAAUUGCCAUAAUGAAUGAAUCAACAGAGUUUGAGGAAAGAAGUGCUAUCAUAUCUAAAGAAUGGGAGCAUGACCUGAAAUCACUGAAAGAGAAAAAUGAAAACCUAUUUAAAAACUACCAAACUUUGAAGAUCACCCAGGCAUCUAGUGCUCAUGUUAAUCCCAACACACAAGACAGUAAGAAUCCUCAUGUUACAUCAAAAGCUAUACAACUAACCACAGAGAAAAUUCGGGAGCUGGAAGCUUCACUACAUGAAGCUAAAGAAAGUGCUAUGCAUAAGGAAGAUAAGAUUAUAAAGAUGCAGAAAGAACUUAAGGUGACUAAUGACAUAAUAGCAAAACUUCAAGCCCAAGCUAAUGAAUCAAAUAAAUUCCUUGAAAAAACAAAAGAAAAACUCCAAGUACUUCAGGACAAAGUUGCUUUAGGAUCGAAGCCCUAUAAAGAAGAAAUUGAAGAUCUGAAAAUGAAGCUGGUGAAAAUAGACCUAGAGAAAAUGAAAAAUGCCAAAGAAUUUGAAAAGGAAAUUACUUCUACAAAAGCCACCAUAGAAUAUCAAAAAGAAGUUAUAAGGCAACAGAGAGAAAAUCUUAGAAGAAUUCAACAGGCCCAAGAUACCUCAAUGGUAUCAGAACAUGAUUCUCAGCCUUCAAAUAAACCCUUAACCUGUGGGGGUGGCAGUGGCAUUGUACAAAACACAAAAGCUCUUAUUUUGAAAAGUGAAUAUGUAAGGCUACAAAAGGAAAUUUCUAAAUUAAAGCAGCAAAAUGAACAGCUAACAAAGCAAAAGAAUGAACUGCUAAGCAAUAAUCAUCAUCUUUCCAAGGAGGUCAAAACUUGGAAGGAAAGAACCCUUAAAACAGAGGCGCACAAAGAAGUAGCUUGUGAGAAUUCUCCAAAGUCUCCUAAAGCUACUGGAAUAGCUUCUAAAAAGUCUCCUAAAGCUACUGGAACACCUCAAUGUAAAGAAUGGAAUUUACAAGAUCCUAUGCCAAAGGAGUCACCAAAAUCUUGGUUUUUUGAUAGCCGACCAAAGUCUCUACCAGCACCUCGUCCAGUUCACUAUUUUGAUAACUCAAGUUUAGGCCUUUGUCCAGGUGUACACCUGUUUGUGACGGUGUAUCUGCCUAUGGAAGUACCAUAUUAUGCAACUGUAGAAAUCUAAAGCAGCAAGAUUAUACAUCAAGAAAGGCAGCUUCCAAAUCAUUUAAAGCCUUGAGCAAAGGUUCCAGAGUUUAAGACAUCUACUUGGUGACUAAGAAGAAAUCCAUCCAUUCUCAUCAACUACGCAUCAAAAUUAGAUCAAGUUGGCAAUGUGAAAGUGCUCUAAAGGAGAUAGGAAUAAAACCAUUCAGAAAAAAAGUCUGUACUGUUCUCUUCAUUGAAUAGUAUCUGACAGUUAAGGACCUUCCAUUGGCUACCGCUUACAUGGAACUUUUGCUGUACAUUCACCAUUUUAAAAGACUCUUGAAAAAAACUAAGAAACCUUUAUAAUCAAUUCUUUUUUAAGAGGGUCUCACUGUAUUGCCCAAGUUGGCCUCAAACUCCUGAGCUCAAGUGAUCUUCCCACCUUAGUCUCCCAGGUAGCUGGGACUAUAGGCAUGUGCCAUUGUGCCAAGCUAUAAUCACCUUUUGAUUUUAUCUGAUAGUACCUCUGGUACAUGUGUAAAUGGAAAUAAAAACAGUUGAGCAAUAUAUGGAUCUCUCUGGUACUAUUUUUAGGUGAAAUAAAUAAAAGUAGGCUGGAGGAAUACAUAAAUCAAAAACUGACCAAUUCAGAGUUAAAGAAGCUAUUCCCAGCUUGAAUUAGUAAUAUUA